AUGUCAGAAGACCAGGCUCAUAUGGUUAAUGGACACAAGACUGGUGAGGAGGUACUUCCUUUUGAGGAGGAUGACUACGGAGGAGUGAUCGUGGAGAUGAAAACUCCUAUGGAUCCAAAGUGUUUCAUUGCAACGCUAAGAUAUUCGUUCACGCAGUGGCGGUUACAGGGUAAAAAGGGAGUCUGGUUAAAUUUGCCUCUCACACACGUAAACCUCGUGGAACCUGCGGUCAAGGAAGGUUUCCGGUAUCACCACGCUGAACCAACUUACCUAAUGCUAGUUUACUGGAUUCCAACAGCCGAGAGUACUAUUCCUUUGAAUGCUUCUCAUCGUGUCCGUGUUGGUGCUGUUGUCUUGAACCCUAACCAAGAGAUUCUUGUUGUGCAGGAAAAACACGGUACGUUACGCGGAUCAGGUGUGUGGAAGAUCCCAACAGGUGUUGUUGACGAGGGUGAAGAGAUUUUCACGGCAGCCAUUAGAGAAGUAAAAGAAGAGACAGGCAUCGACACAGAGUUUUUGGAGAUUCUAGCUUUCUGCCAAUACCACGAGUCAUUUUUUGCCAAAUCAGAUUUAUUCUUCAUUUGUCUGUUGCGGCCUACCUCCUUUGAUAUUCAAAAGCAGGACUUAGAGAUCGAAGCAGCUCAAUGGAUGCGGUUCGAGGACUCUGCCUCUCAACAUAUCACACAAGAGAACGAGCUCUUCAAAGAGAUUCAUCGCAUUUGCUCAAUGAAAAUGGAAAAGAGCUACACUGGCUUUUACACAAAACCCAUUACUACUUUCUUUGACGACAAGUUAGGUUAUCUAUACUGGAAUAAACAAGAGAUGAGCAAUCAUAUCUCUUAA